AUGGGCGAUUCUACACGACCAACAGAAGAUGUAUUCGGCCAGGCCCUUGAAGAGACUCACAAAACACGGUUUCUCUAUGCCGGUAUCCGGAACGACAUUGGAAGAUUCACCGACUGCCUCGAUAUGCCAUACAUACACCUGCAAUCUUUGGUUAGUCAAAUUCCACCUGUUGCCGCUGGUGGCCUUGCUAGGAAAGCAAUGAACAUAUUCGAAACGCAGUUCACUGUUGUCGUCAAUGACUCAUCACCUGAUAACUAA